AUCAAAGCUAACUAAUUUAUUCUAACAGAUAAUACAGUUAUUCGGUCUUGUUCCAAAUUCAUGCAUAUUUAGUUGCGACAGUCAAUUUGUUAUUUUAAAAUGGCUAAAGGAGUUUGCUUGUUACUACAGCUGCUCGGGCUCCAGCACCAGCUCCAGUCCACGGCGGGAAUGGGUCUAUGAUGGGCGGUUUUGGCGCUGCUGUUGUUGAUGGCAUGGCUCUUGGUACUGGAAGUGCCUUGGCUCAUAGGGCUGUGGAUGCUGUCAUGGGCCCUCGAGUUAUCCAGCACGAAACUGUUGCUUCUGCCCCUGCUGCUUCACAUGCACAGAGCACCAGUGACGGGGAUGCAUGCGGUGGGCAAUCAAAGGCUUUACAAGAUUGCCUUAACAACCAUGGAAGUGAUAUCAGCAAGUGCCAGUUCUACAUGGAUAUGUGGCAGGAAUGUCGCAGGAGCUCUGUGCCUGCAUCGGGUGCCUGAAGUUAAUAAUGAUGAUCAUUUCGACAUUCUAUGUCUUAUGUGGAUAUUUAGAUGACAAGGGGUUUUUUUUUUUUUUUUUCGUUUUCUCGUGGAACUUACCACUGGAUGUAUGUUCUGAGGGAUAAUUGAAUUCAUACUCUGGUUUAACUUGGAUAGUGAAUUUACGUUCUAUAUUAGUUUGCUUUACUCUAA